AUACAAUAUCGCUUUUUUUUUUUCCUCUCGUUGUUGUGUUUUUGGGUGUUUUUUUUUUUUGCUGCCCCUCCAUCUUUUUUUCCCCUCCCUUCUUCUUCUCAACCACCCACUCCCCGACCCCCCUUGAAAAAGCAAAAUCCGACUGUGUUUCCUGCAAGGCUCGGGAUUUCUGAUUGCGGUUAUUUCCAUGUUUCUAGGUUUGUGUGAUUUUGCUAAAAUGCAUCACCAACAGCGAAUGGCUGCCUUAGGGACGGACAAAGAACUGAGUGAUUUACUGGAUUUCAGUGCGAUGUUUUCUCCUCCUGUGAGCAGCGGGAAAAAUGGACCAACUUCCUUGGCAAGUGGACAUUUUAGUGGCUCAAAUGUAGAAGACAGAACUAGCUCAGGGUCCUGGGGGAAUGCAGGACAUCCGAGUCCAUCCAGGAACUAUGGAGACGGGACUCACUAUGACCACAUGGCGAGCAGAGACCUCGGCUCACAUGACAAUCUCUCUCCUCCCUUUGCCAAUUCCAGAAUACAAAGCAAGGCCGAGCGCGGCUCCUACUCCUCCUACGGCCGGGACUCCAACCUGCAGGGCUGCCACCAGCAGGGCCUGGUGGCAGCGGAGCUGGAGCUGCCCCCGCCCGGGCCGCUGUCCCCCAGCAAAGGCGGAUCCCAGUUCUACCAGUACGGGGGCAGCGGGCGCCGGAGAGCCCUGCACGGCGCCUCCAUGGAAGUUCAGACAAAGAAAGUUCGCAAGGUGCCCCCGGGUUUGCCGUCCUCCGUUUACGCUCCGUCCGCCAGCACGGCCGAGUUCAGCCGCGAUUCCCCCGGGGGAUUCCCCAGCUCCAAGGGCGCCUCCAGCACCUUCCCCUCCUCCUUCUUCAUGCAAGAUGGGCACCACAGCAGCGACCCCUGGGGCUCCUCCAGUGGAAUGGGCCAGGCCGGGUUCUCAGGGAUGUUGGGGAAUUCCGGCCACUCCCACCUGGCCCAGCCGGGGGGGUAUUGCAGCCUCCACCCCCACGAGAGACUGAGUUACCCAGCGCACUCCUCGGCCGAGCUGAGCUCCUCUCUGCCCCCGAUGUCGUCGUUCCACCGCGGCGCCUCCAACCCCUUCAGCUCCUCCUGCACCCCCCCCGGCCAACGGCGCCGAGCCCCCUCUCGUGCAGGGGGGAGUUCCCAGACCGGCGACGCUCUGGGCAAAGCUUUGGCCUCAAUUUACUCUCCUGACCACACCAACAGCAGCUUCCCCUCCAACCCCUCCACGCCCGUCGGCUCGCCCCCUUCGCUCGCAGGCACGGCGGCUUGGGCCCGCAAUGGAGGUCAGGCGUCGUCGUCUCCCAAUUAUGAGGGGCCCUUGCACUCCUUGAGCCGCAUCGAGGACCGGCUGGAGCGCUUGGACGACGCCAUCCACGUGCUGCGGAACCACGCCGUGGGGCCGGGCACCGCCGUGGGCACGGGCGACAUGCACGGCCUGCUGCCGGGCACCCACGUGCCAGCCUACGGCGCGGGCAUCCUGGGCAACCGCCACUCCAUCAUGGUGGGAGCUCACCGGGAGGACGGCGUGGGCAUCCGCGGCAGCCACUCCUUGGUGCCCAACGCGGUGCCCGUGCCAACGCUGCCGGUGCCCUCGGCGACGUCGCCCGACAUCAACCCCAGCCAGGAGCACUACAGGGGAAUUUCUGGGGCCCUGCAGGGCCAGAGCGCGUCGUCGGGCAGCUCGGAGAUCAAAUCGGACGACGAGGCCGACGAGAACCUGCAGGAGGCCAAAGGGGCCGAGGAGAAGAAGCUGGAGGAGGAGAAGAAGGAGCUGAAAUCCAUUACUAGGUCAAGGUCUAGCAAUAACGACGACGAGGACCUGACCCCCGAGCAGAAAGCCGAGCGGGAGAAGGAGCGGCGCAUGGCCAACAACGCCCGGGAGCGGCUGCGCGUGCGCGACAUCAACGAGGCCUUCAAGGAGCUGGGCAGGAUGGUGCAGCUGCACCUGAAGAGCGACAAACCCCAGACCAAGCUGCUGAUCCUGCACCAGGCCGUGGCCGUCAUCCUCAGCUUGGAGCAGCAGGUCCGAGAGCGCAACCUGAACCCGAAGGCGGCGUGCCUGAAGCGGCGCGAGGAGGAGAAGGUGACGUCGGAGCCGCCGCCGCUGGCCUUGGCCGGAGCUCACCCGGCCAUGGGCGACGGAGCCAAUCACAUGGGGCAGAUGUGACAGCCUUGGGCCGAGAAAUGGAGAAAAUUUUGUACAAAAAUCUCGACAAGUCUGAGUCAUUCCAUGGGCACAGACGCCUGAAAAUUCCCUAAAAAACCCCAAAAAAAUCCCUAAAAAAUCCCUAAAAAAAUCCCCCAAAAUUCCCCAAAAAAUUCCCAAAAAUUCCCCCAAAAAUCCUGGAAAAUUUGGGAAUUUUUCGCUUCCACACUGUGGAUUUUGUGCCUAAAAAAAUGUUGAAUUUUGGUUUUUUCUUUUUGGUUUUUUUUUUUUUUUUUUUUUGGAGAAAUAAAGUGAAAAAUGGGA